AUGCUCCCCAUGUCAACAAAUUCUACCUUUACCGCAGCCAUAGUUGAUGGCUGGAUUGACGAGCCCGAUGGGCGUGGCACCUGGUCCAUUCUUUCGAGCUGUCUACUGACUAUUGUACUAUGUUGCUGGACGGCUGUCAUGCCCAACAUCCCUGCCCGCUCCGACCGAUGGUAUCAUGGCCUACGCGACCGACUGCAUUUGGCUUCUCUGGGACUUUUGGGCCCCGAAUUUCUCCUUAUGCUGGCGCUAGGGCAGUGGUCCUCGGCGCGAGCGUCUGUCAAGGGAUUUGAGCAACUAUUGACAACAAAGACCACUAAGCGACCCCUUUGGACUUUAACUCAUGCCUUCUAUGCGGAUAUGGGGGGUUUUUUGAUCGAUGGCCCGGGAACCGAUCGGCCAUUUCCAGUAAACGCGAAGCAGCUUCGAUUCCUCAUCGAGAAGGGCUACGUCGAUUACCCUAUGAUUGGUGAAGACGACAUCAACGAUCGGAACAAAUCUGACGCGUUCUCUCGUGUGAUCGCAGUUUGCCAGGCACUGUGGUUGCUCGUCAACUGCGCCAUGCGUGUAGCUCAGGGACUGGCUCUGACGACCUUGGAGCUCACUACCAUCUCAUUUGUGGUGGUGUUCCUAGUGACGUCUUUCUGCUGGCGCUUCAAGCCAUCGGACAUCUCGAGCACCCUGACUCUACACGCAAAUACCGAUAUCAACAUCAUUCGGGAACAGCAUUGCCCUUAUCCUUCGCAAGAAUGGCACGAGACGCCCCUAGACUUUGUGUGUGACGAUGUCUCCUUUUGCGCAGUGCACUGGCAUUACUACACAGAAAUCCUGCGAAAAAUGCAUAUUCCGAUGUUUUCACGUCCAAUGACCGCAAAACCACGCGAUCGCAUUGUCAGCGACAACUUUCCCAUCACCGACCUGAAGGCCGAUUGCAUUGCCACCCCAGUGCUGCUUGCAUUCGGCUCAAUGUUCAUGCUUGCCUGGAAUUUCCACUUUCCUUCCCCCGUCGAACAUCUUUUGUGGCGUAUCGCCAGUAUAUACAACCUGGUAUUCACCGUCAUUGGUGGACUGCAUGCCGGUUAUUGCGACAAGAUUCUGCUGCCCAGGGAGUAUAAGCGACGAAUGGUUCUGCCCUUGUCGACAGUAAAGACCUCGACUAACCCAUCCCGGCAGCGGUCGUGUCUGCGAAACUUAGCAGCCAAGUUGAGAAACAUCGAUCCGUAUCGCAAUCCCAAGAGAGAGGUCCCUCUUCGCGUGCUAUUUCCCACUUCUGUUCUCUGUGCAGCGUAUUGCGUGGGUCGAGCGUACGUUCUGACGGAGGACUUUAUCGGACUGCGCAGUUUGCCUGCCAGUGCCUUUCAGACGGUUAGCUGGUCAGACUACGUCCCACAUCUGUAA